GCUCGCACUGCUCGCGCAGAUGUUGCCCUGGCAACCCUUUGAAACAAUGAUGGUCGCCGACCAGCCUGUGCCGAGCGCUUGACAGUUCUCUGACAAUUUGAUACUGUAACGAUGGAUUGUACGCGAUCGCAACGCGAGUUGUAGUACGCCGCGUAUAAAUAGAAAAUGCAAGCUGAAGCUUCUAUCUUACCAGUAGUACAACUUGAUGUGCACAGAACAAUCGCCAGGAAAACAAAGCCCUGCUCGAAAGACUCGAAGACGCUGGAGCCCAAGAAGCUGUCUCCUUGCAGAGAUACGUUACUUUCGUCGAGCAAAAAAUGUUUAAACCCCUUGAUCGGUGCGCCAUAUAGAGGCAGCAUGAAACAGCAAUCGCUGUCGGACGAGCCAAAAUCUAGCAAUAAGAGUACCCUCGGGCAGAGGGUGAUGUCUGCGAAAAUGCUCCGUUUCAAGCAACUGCAAAAUCAAUUAGCCGACGCGCACUACCAUCUCAAUGAGCUGGCGAACGAAAACAGAUUAUUGAAGGCGUUGCAGAAGAGACAGGAUUCCGCGUUGAGACGCUACGAAGGGGCAAAUGCCGAGCUGCCGAGGCUCAUAAAUUCGCAUCACGAAGAAUUAAGGGUGCUCCAAACGAAAUAUAAGAAACUGAAAGAGCUGCACAAGGAUACGUGCAACCUGCUGAAGGAGAAAGAAAACGAACUGUAUUCCGUGAACUCGCAAAAUAAGCAUCUGCUGCAACUCAGUAAAGAUCGUAAUCUCGAGGAGAGAGAAAAAUUGCAGUUACAAUUGUCCGACAUGAAUUACAAGGUGCGACAGCAACAAGAAACUAUACAGCUGUUGCACAGAAAACUUGCUCUCGAGACCAAGAGCCUGAAGCAUCAAUUGCACAUCGAGAUUUCUAAACACAAGGAGACACAAAAGAACUUGCAGGAGACGAUAGAGAAAUUGAAAAGCUUGGAGUGUUUGCUAGACAAUAAAGAAAAAAGGUUGUAUUACAAUGGUCAAUUGCCAAUUUAUAGCAAGGAGAAAAAUCUAGGUAGCCACUCUCUUACAAAUCUCAGAGAUAUCAGCAGAGGUAAAAGAAACGAAAAUAAUACGCCAAAGGAUAAUUUGCCGUCACUUGACAUAUUGGAGUCUAAUGACGAUGAUAAAGUAACUCGACCAACGGGUAAUGUUAAUCACAAUCGUUCGAUAGAUCAGCUGAAGUCAGAAACAAUGGCGAGUCUGCAACAGAUACGAAAGUUUCGUUUACAAAGAUCACCGCACAUACGUAAAAAUGCUUAUUCGAUGGACGACUUGAGAUUCAGGCCAAAAGAUCUAGAAACGGAAGCGCGUGAUGACGACAAAGUUACAUCGGUAGACUAUAAGGCAGUGCUGGAGAGAGACGAGUUAAAUGACGUGCCAAGUGAAAGUGGCAAAUUAAGGAAAUUCUUUAGAAUAAAACGUCAGAAUUCACAAAACUUACAAAGAGAGUCGAGGGCUGAACUCGAUUAUUCAUCCGAUGACGGAGAGAGCGGGAAUGCUAGUGAAUAUUACAUUCAGUCUUACGACACCCCGAAGAAAUCUAGAGAAUUGUUCGCGAGAUUGAUUAACAGCACAGAUGACACCUCUGACACCUUGGACGACAUGAUGAAGAAGGCAGAGUACAGCGAUGAGGAGGUGGAAAAAGAUUUAAACACACGUCUAGCAAGAGACUUGACCUUUCAAAGAUAUAAGAGUAAAUCGAACGUAUCACAUCGUAGGAGCAACGAUCUUUAUGAUAGCACCUCGGACGUUGAUCCCGAAGAAACAAUAAAUACAAAUAGGGAUUCUUCCAUUGAAUACAAAAGCAAUGGCUUUCAAACCAGUUUAUCCAAGUGCGCCAAGGAGCAGUUUGGUAAAACCUCUAAUGACGUUGCUCGUUCGGAAUACAACGCUUUGGACGUCGCGGAACAGUCUGUUGAGAGGUCGAAGGACCCACAGCUGCAGAGGAUAUCCGACAACACUCCGGAUGACGUUAACAACGAAAAUACGGGGAUUCCUCGACGAUCUUUAGACUCAAGCAAGAUGUGGCUGGACAAGCGACAACUUUUGGAAAAUAACGGAACGGACAAUUCCUCCACAGACACGAAAAAGGAAGAUUACGCAAAAGAGGAAGGAACAAAACAUCUAGAAGAUGAGUCAGUAUACGCUGAUAUGUCAAAUGGCCAGGUUCAUCACGGUAUAGAAAACGCACGUAAAGAAAUGAAAGACUCGCUCGACUCGGAAGAGAAGAGCUCGCAGCAAGCUUGCGAAGAAACUGUGAACCGGUUGGUGGACGAUCAACCGGUGCACAAUUUGGAAAGAGAAUAUCUUGAUCCCAAAACGGACAAAAUACCCAGCGACGAAGAAACGUUAAACAGAAAUGACGUUAAUAUAGAAACCCAGAAUAAAUUGAACGCAUCGGAAGCUGCCGAUGCGUUGUCCAACGAUGUUCCUGUAGCUCGGGCCGAGCGGGGCGAUGGCGCGAAAAGCGAGACGACGGUGACGAGACGAGCGAGCGAGAAGAAGAAGAUCAAUUACAACAAAGAGAAGCUGUUAGCCACGAUGAGAGCUAUCGACGACAACGAGAACAUCGAGUUCCUGGAGCAAGGGUUUAGGAAUCAUAACGUGAACAGAAUGCAGAUAAUGGAGAAUCUACAUCGUGGCUUACCCGCGCACUCGAAGCCGAGGCGUGAUAUCAUUAGAGAUAUAUUCGAGGACAAUCACAUAGAAAGUAAAGUCAGAAGCACCUGUAGUAAAUCGCAUUGAAAUUUUAGACAUUGUCGCAUUAAGGAUCAUAAUAUAGAUAGCACGAGAUCUACCUUUCGUCUCGCUUUCGUUAAUUCCGUUCAACUUUAUCGCGCGGACCUUGUCGACAAAUGAAAUGUAUAAAGAAGAAAUAUAUGCAUUAUAUAUUUUUC